GUUCUUUUGCCACAGCAAUCCACAGAUGAUUGAGUGUAAAUAAUGUGUCUUGGUUUAUAUUUUAGUACUUCAAAUAAUUCCUUUCGUCUGAAGUUGGAAUUGCUUUUAUCAAGAGGUCUGAUGAUUUAAGUAACAACUUCGAAAAUGAUUACUUGAGAAAAGCUAUCAAAAUAUAGAAUAUUUUUUAUAUAAUUCAAUGUCUCAAAAGUGAAUUUGUAAAGAUGAGAGCAAUAUUAAUCAUCAACUCAAUGCCAGACAUCUUAUUUGUCUGGGAAGACAGUGAGUUUGCUGAGCACAUAAACAAGGUUUUAAAGGAAGCAGGGUUCAUUAACCCUAAUCAAGAUGUAUCAAAAUUAGACUAUGGUGCAAUGGCACAGUUCUUUUCACCAAUGAUUGCUUCACUGACUUACAUGAAUGAACAUGGUAGUCCUUAUUCUUCUAUAACUUGCAAAGAUGGGACCUUAUUUGUAUUCAAACAGUUUAACAAUAUGAUAUUUUUGGCAGUCAAUGGUAGUGGCGAUGAAUCAGAGGAUUUCUUGAGAAGGAAGUUAACAGUUGUGCACAGAAUGGCUGUAAUGCAUUAUGGUGCAUCUCUAGAUUUACUCAAACCUGAAUUACCAUCCAAACGGAAAGCAAAUUGGAAAAGGCUUGGUGAACUGAUUGAUGCUUGGCAGUCAUUGUACUCUCAGCAGCAGAGUUUUCUUGUUGAGGCUGUGGAGAGAAUCAAUGUCAAUCAAACACUCAGUGAGAUGGCCAUGAAUCUACUCAAUACUGCUUUGUCAACAGUGAAGAACAAAAGUGACCAGAAUGCUGUACAUGCAUUACUUCUAGUUAAUACAAAACUGUUUGCACUUUAUUCAAGUCGUAACUCUAUAGAACUGCAAGCAGCUGACAUCCUCAUGAUAACAUCAAUAGUACAAAAUGUGUUCCCCUACCAGAGCGAAGCAGUCCCUCAAUCUAGUACUAGACCACCUCCUCCACUUUUCAAUAAUGUUGUAUCCAAAGGAGAUCCAUCAGUGUAUCAAAGACUACUUGAUGAUGACACAAAUGAUGACAAUGACCUCCCAUCUGGUAGUGGGUACCAUCCACCUGUAUCUCAGCCUAUUGCUAUCAACGACACUGCAAACGGAGAUGGAGUGAGCAUGAACUCUUCUGUUGAGGAAAAAUUCUACUCUCCUUCCUCUACUCCAUCGUCGGACGACAUGUCUCAGCAAAAAAAUGAUGCUUUCUUUUCUCCAAGAAGUGAUACCCUGGAUGACAUCGCACCACAGAAUUAUCUAGACAAGAAGAAAAACAACGAAAAUGUAACCACUGAAGAGGCAUUUCCAACAGAAGAGGCCAAGCAGAAGAAUGAGUACUUCAGACAGCCCGUGUGUUUGAACACUCCGCGCUGCCCAUACAUACCGCAUGUUCUACACCUUAUCCAUGUUGCUAAAGGCACAGUAUUGGUCCUUGUUAAUGAGGUCAAACAUAGUGCCUUUGCUAUUCCAAUCUACCAAGUGCUUAAUAUUGUCACUAGACUGGAGUCUGAUGCCAGUGAAAGAAAACACACUGCCCAGCAAGCCAGUGCGACGAUGGAGAAGAUUGAAGCACCCAUGAAAAAGAUUGGUGAAAUCCUUAAAUGUUCAAUGGGGAAUGCGAUCGAUGGAAGAGUCCGCCGAGUACGCGACAGCUGGGAAAUGGUUAAACGAUCCGGUAUCUCAGGUUACCUAACAAGUAAAUCACACGAGCUCCCUCCAGGUCUUGAUGCGGCAGUAAACGACAUGAUCAGGAGCCUAAAGUCUUUGUUUAGCGUGCUGUAUUUGAGUGGGCCCAACAAUGAUGUCAACCAGGGCUUCCUGGACGCCGUUCGUGACAUUCAGGAGAAUAUUAAAGACAAAUUGAAUGACUAUGAAGAUUAUCUGCUGGUCAAAGGAGAGAGAAACGUAACUAUGACUGCUUACCUUGAAGACUAUCCAGGGCUUGUUCACUUCAUUUACAUUGAUCGUUCGGGCAACCAGCUGACUGCACCUUCACUGAACACAUCGUCCUCUGAAAUGGUACAGAACACACGUGAUCCGUGUCACGUGCUCAAGCAGAAGAUCUGGGACGCGUGGAACCUCGUGCACGUGUUUCUAUUGCAAGGAAACACAUUCGUCGCUUUUCGGGACGGAGACUUCCUAUUCACAUACUGUCUUUGGUUUGAAGACUCAUCCGGGAACCCUGCAAUUAUACAGAACUCGUUACCAGUCUUUUCUGGGUCAUCACCACCAGGGAUAUUGUCAGGGGACGGGAGCUUCUUCAGGAAUCUCAUUCGUCAGUGUUUUCCCGCUGCUCAAGAAGGUUCCAUCAGAUGUUACGAACUGUUGUGUAUGCAUGUUGGUCUAGUACCUAUACGACUUGCUGCAAGACACAUUCGCAAACUAGAAACGGCUUUAUUCGAAACAUCCCUUGGAGCGCACUACCCGAUCAGUCUGAUACAAUGAAGAAUGUACACUUAGGACUGACUGAAGUCAAUGAACAUUUUGUAAAUACGAAGAGGAGCUAAGGUAAAACACUUUAAUGAGGAACAAUUAUAUAUUUCUGUAAAUAUGUUUUGGCGAGGAGCAGAAUGGAAAAUGUCGUGGAAAUGCAGAAAACCUUGGACAGCGACGUCUCUUGAAAAUGGCUUCAAUGACGUUCCCUUCAAGAGAAGGCAUGAAUCUAGAGUUGCUACGUAUUUCGUAAGCUUUGAUAAUGUACGCUGCUAAUGCGUAGCUCUCACAUGGUCAGUGGUUUCGAUUCCCAGACCAGUUUUUCUUAUAUGUGAGUACAGUUGCUUGUUGGUUCUCUCCUGUACAUGGAGGAUUUUGUUACGGGUUUUUCAGUUUUCUUCGUAACUAUAGUCUAGUGCUUUAGCCAUGAGGUUCUAGCUCGCGAGACUGCGCAUUAUACCGCCUUGCGUGAUUGACAUAAAAUAAUUUUCAUCGCAUUACAUUUACUCAUAGACUGCCGAUUCCAUAAGUCGUACUUUAAUUUACCCAAUGAAAGAGCCCUGAAAUCUCUUUCGAAAACUUGCGGUUGCGAAUACGUUGCGAACUCGAGAAAAAUGUAUUGAAUAUUUAAUAGAGGUUUUGCACCAUCACGUGCCCAAGCCCACAACACAGCUUGGGCUGCCUGUGGUUUGAUGACAGAACAAUAAAAUUCCUUUGUUCUCGAGAAUUGAAUUCUUUCUCAUGUAAAAUGAUUGUAAUGUUCCUUCUAUCUAACAUGGCUGCCUUCACGUGAUGGUGCAACGCCUCUAUAGAAUGAACAACAUAGUUGUUUCAAAUCGCUACUAGAUAACCCUAUUUCUCCCAAGAUUAAGGGUUUGAAGUUCAGUGAUUGGAUUAAAAAAUUAUUUACAUUGUA